CUGAAACAAUGGCUUGUCCAUGGUGGGAUGGUGACAAGGCUUGGAAAUCGCGGGCCAAGCGUAAGAGCAAUGAGGAGCUCAAGGCAGGGAACCAUUAUGGGAAGAUAAAGGACCAGAAGCUGCCAGAAAAAGGCUAUGACUAUGAGCGUGUGAGAGGGUCGCACCAAGGUGAGCAAAAGGGUAAGAACCAUGCGGAGCACAAGGCAGGGAACUAUAGUGGGAAGAUGAAGGACGAGAAACAGCCAGAAAAAAGCUAUGAGCGUGGAUAUGUAAAAGGCUAUGAACGUGGCUAUGAGGAUGGCUACACCAAUGGUUAUGAGCAUGGGUAUGAGUAUGGUUAUGACAACAGUGGGGCCAUUGAAUGUGGUGAAAGGCACCAUGGUCAAGACAGCAGUAGCAUCAGUGAAUCUGGCUACUCUGUUGCCCGUAUUGGCUAUAUUGGCGUUAUUGAACAUGGUGGCUGGAGCGACAGCGACUAGAUCUUCUACUGCUUUUAUGUUGAGGUGUGUGGUUGUGGAACCAUAGUAGGGAAGUGUCUCACUAGGAGUUGUUUAGUGAGAUAUUAUGAUGUUUUUAAGUGUCAAAUGAAAAAAAAAAAUAGUAGUUUACAUGUUAUGUAAAAUAUAUGGAUAUGUGGUCAGGGGCCAGUUGACAAACAAUUAAAGUAGGCCUUUGUUAUCUAGGGGUGAAUCAAACGAGUUUACUUGCUCGUUAACAUGUUUGAUGUUUGUUUGUACUUUUAA